UGGCUCGGCAAGGUGCAGGCUGUGAACCUGCUGCCUCUGGAGUCCCUUCGCCAGCUGCGGAAGCACCGAGGGCUUCAUGAUGCUCCAGACCUGCCGAGUGCUGAGUUCCCGGGCUGGCCCCUCCGCCGGGGGCUGGCAGCCGCUGAGCUUUGAUGGUGGGGCCUUCCACCUGAAGGGCACCGGAGAGCUGACACGGGCUUUGCUGGUGCUGCGGCUGUGUGCCUGGCCCCCGCUGGUCACCCAUGGGCUGGCGCUCCAGGCCUGGUCUCAGCGACUGCUGGGCUCCCGGAUCUCAGGUGCGCUUCUCCGAGCCUCCAUCUAUGGGCAGUUUGUGGCUGGCGAGACGGCAGAGGAGGUGAGGGGCUGCGUUCAGCAGCUCCAGACUCUGGGUCUCCGGCCCCUGCUGGCAGUGCCCACUGAGGAGGAACCGGAUUCAGCUGCCAAGACUGGUGAGGCCUGGUACGAGGGGAACCUCCACGCCAUGCUGCGGUGUGUAGACCUGUCACGGGGCCUCCUGGAGACCCCUGGCCCGGCUGGGAAGACCCUCAUGCAGCUGAAGGUGACGGCGCUGACCAGCACUCGGCUCUGUAAGGCACUAACCUCCUGGGUCAGGGAGCCUGGGGCCUCCUUCGAGCUGAGCCCUGAGAGGCUGGCAGAAGCCAUGGACUCUGGGCAGGACCUCCGGCUCUCCUGCCUCAGUGCUGAGCAGAACCGGCAUCUCCGGGCCUCUCUGAGCCGCUUGCACCGGGUGGUACAGCAUGCCCGGGCCCAGGACGUGAGGCUCCUGGUGGACGCCGAGUACACCUCGCUGAACCCUGCGCUCUCUCUGCUGGUGGCCGGCCUGGCCGUGCGCUGGAACUGCCCCAGCGAGGGUGGGCCCUGGGUGUGGAACACGUACCAGGCCUACCUGAAGGACACACACGAGCGCCUGCAGCGGGACACCAAGGCCGCAGACCGGGCCGGCCUGGCCUUUGGAGUCAAGCUGGUCCGAGGGGCCUAUCUGGACAAGGAGAGAGAGGUUGCCCGGCUCCAGGGCACUGAGGACCCCACUCAGCCUGACUAUGAGGCCACCAGUCGGAGUUACAGCCGCUGUUUGGAGCUCAUGCUGACCCACGUGUCCCGCCGGGGCCCCUGGUGCCAGCUCAUGGUGGCUUCCCACAAUGAGGAAUCCGUUCGCCAGGCAACCAAGCGCAUGUGGGAACUGGGCAUUCCUCCGGAUGGACCCGUCUGCUUUGGACAACUUCUAGGGAUGUGUGACCACGUCUCCCUGGCACUGGGGCAGGCUGGCUAUGCAGUGUAUAAGUCCAUCCCCUAUGGCUCCCUGGAGGAGGUGAUCCCCUACCUGAUCCGGAGGGCCCAGGAGAACCGGAGUGUGCUGCAGGGCGCCCACCGGGAACAGGAGCUGCUCGGCCAAGAACUGCGGCGGAGGCUGCUAGGGGGGCGCUAAGGGGACCCCCUCUGCAACCCCAGGGCCACGUGGUCAAUAAAAGUCCCCAGCUACCGCCCA